CUUCUUUCGACCAUCAAAUUUUACAAACAUGUCUAUCUCUAUAUACUCAAACAUUAAAAUCACUCUUUUCUUCAUCGUUUCGAUAUUUCUAAUUCGUAUCAACUCGCAACCUACUCAUGAUAUUUUCGGAUCAUGUCAUGGUGGUGGAAAGGAUGAUGAAUACAAAUCUCAAACCGAUAUCAAUAAAGCCAUAACUCAACUCAUAUCCAAUGCAUCAAACACAUACUUCAGCAAUAUAUCAACCGGCUCCGGCUCAGAUCAGUUCAACGCCUUAUACUAUUGUCGAUACGAUUUCUCACUUCAAACUUGUAAAAGUCGUGUUGAAAGUGCCUUUGAAAUAGCUCGUUCAUGCCUUCUAAAUAAAGAAAGCGACAGAUAUUUCGAAGAGUGUAUGAUAUAUUACUCUAACAAUACAAUCUCUACUGAAAGGGAAGGUAUGUCAAGGAUGGCCACGAGUGGUGGUCGAAAUUUAACUGUGGAAGAGCAAUCCAAUUUUAGGCAGAUUUUGGACAAAACCAUAAGCAAUCUCACCAAUAAUGUAAAUUUGGAGUUUAAUAAUUCCUCCCGUAUCUUUGCUACCACAUCAGAAAAAUACUCGUCGACUGAAACCUUGUACGCAAUUGGGCAAUGUAAUCCGUAUAUUCCCUCCACAAAUUGCGAGAUAUUUUCGAUUGGUUCAUGAUCCCUGGUAUUAAGGACGUAACUUAUGCACAAAUACU